AUGGCAAACUGUCCAGUGUGUUUAGAAAACUUCAACAGGCCAACAACAUGUAUACCAUGUGGACAUAUGUUUUGUUAUGAAUGUAUAUCUAACUGGAGACAUACACAUUUUAACUCUAAUGUUUGUCCUCAAUGUAGAUGUUCUAUUAAACAGUUACAAAGAGUUUAUUUAGGUGACACUGACAAUUUAGUUUUAACACAAUCACAGUCUUCCUUAACAAGUUUUUCAAGUGAAAAAUUUCAAUGGUUUCGUCAACAAUUUGAUAAUCUAUAUUUUAAUAUUAAUCGUUUUAAAGAAUGGAGACAGAGGUUAAAUGUAGAUGAUGAAAUAUUUCAUGAUGAUAAUAAUGAUGAUGAUGAUGAACCUUCUCACACAUUUCUAGAAGAUAUACAACAUUUUACAGAAAGAAUUCGAGUUCUGUGGAGAGAAUUACAGAUAUCACAGAAAUGUAUGAUAUUGUUUGGUGUUUUUUUGCUAUCUUCACUAAUUAUUCAAGAUUCUCAAAGUUCCACGGGGUUUCUACAUGGCCUAAUUUUACCAAUUUUAGAUAUUGUAGUCAAUUUUUUUACAAGUUUAAUCUCAACCAUUUUGUUUAUUUUUAUCCGUCCUUUAUUAUGUUUAUGGAAUAUUUUGAGUGAAUUGCUCAUAGCUGUUUUUGAAAUAGUCUAUAGUUUAUUUUAUGCUAUAUUUUAUGCCGUAUGGACAAUUUUACUUAUACCAUAUGCCAUAUGUUGUGCUAUAUUUAAUUGGUUUACUAAUAUAUGUUAUUAUUUUGUUGAAACUGUGAUAGCCUUAUUAAGACUAGGUAUUGUAUGUAUUUUAGUUGGUAUGUCAUAUCUCUUUCUAGUAGAUCUCAAUCAACGAGAAGAGGCUUUGAAUAUUCUAUUGAGAAAAUAUCAAACUAUAAGAUCUGCUUUACCUACUAAACAUCAAUUACGUUCUCAUGCCAAUAAUUUUCAAAAUCUUUUUGUAGCUUUUGUACAUUCUUUAAGUCAAAAAGUUACUGAGCAAAAUCAAUUUCAACCAAUGCCUACUGUAGACAAUUGA